AAAAUAAUAAUCGGUCAAUGAAUCAUCUUGAGACAUCAGUGGAAGAUAAUAGCUUUAAAACUAGAAGUUGGUAUGCCUUUUGUUGAAUGAUACAGUCUGUAUUAAAAAUUAACAUAGGACAAUCACAUAUGUAAAAGGACAGAUUUCUUAGGCAUUUCUUCUUUUCCAGAUUAUUUUUAUUCCUAAAAUUACUGUAUUUAGUGAUCUCAUUGCCAAACAUUUCAAGGUAGCAUACCACAGAAAGGUAUUUUAAAUUAAAAAGUUUAAAGAAUUAGCCCAAAGCAGUGAUCAUUUUAAAGCAGCACAUGAUGAAAUGGGCAUUACAAGAGCAUCCAAUAAUGUAGUGAAGAUAAGCAUGGUUUUAAACAAUAUAUCAACAGAAAUAUGAAAGCUAUAAAAGGCCAAAGAAAACAAAAAGGUAUUGGUUUGGGGAAAAAAUAAUGAAAUAGGAACCAGAUAGAUGUUUCGUGGAAAUUAUUCUGGAAUUGGGGGUUGGAGGAUUAUUUAUUGAAAAGGCCAGUUCUCGAAUAAGCAUACAUUAUGAGGAUCUCAGUAUAGGGCCUCUUUUAAUGAAUUCGGGGUAAAACCCACUCGUGAUUAAGUUGUAGAGUACUCCUUUUAGAGCAAUAGGAAGUGCCACUUUCCAGUUUGGGGAGAAUUUUAGACUGUAUGUAGAUACCAGAUUUCAUAUAACUAUAAUGGAGCUUCCCUCUGCUUUUGCAAAUGCUUCAGGUACUAAGGCUUAACUUCCUUGGGAAUGACACAAUAACAAGGAAGUUGAAAGAUUGCAAAGCACCACAUAUGUUGAAGGCGCAUGUACAUUAUUUUUAGAAAAAUGGAAAUACAUUUGUCCUUCUCGUCUUUCCAGCUAAUAGCAUCUAUUGGUUUAUCUGCUAGAAUAGUAUUGUGUUUUUUUUAAACUUUCUGUCAGGGACAGAGACAGGAAGAGUCCACAGCAGUUUACUAACAUUCCUUUUUUCAGGCACUUUUAAGAAUAACUUAGGUCUUGACCAUGUAGAAAGAAGAUGGUGGAAAUGCGUAUUAAUUUGAUUACAUUUUAUUCUAGAUAUUACCCAUUCUCAAUGCCUGGCUCCAAGGCACCCUCCUCACAAAGCCCCAAGAAGAUAUUUCAGCCUAGCUUAAGAAUAACUAACCAGAAUCGGCCAUCUGUGGUGAUACGUGCUGCAUCAUAUAAGCAACUAAACACCCACGCGGAUAGUGGUCAGCAGUCCCAGGUUUUCUUGCCACUUUCUGGAUCAAUCUUGCCACCAAAUCACCAGCCAGCAAGCUCAAACCAUGACUUAGCACCUCGGAUUAACACUGGGAAAAAAGUCUGGGAUCACCAGGCUGUUCUUACUACACCUCUCACCAAAGAAAACUUUCAAGGGAAGCAGCUACCCACAGAUGCCACCUCUUGCUUGCACCGACUCCAGGAAAGAGCAACAUACAGGGAAUGCAGAGCAAAUAAUACUGAGUGGCAAAUGCAAGAGGAGUUGGUGCGCAAAUUAGAAGAUCGGCUGGCACAAGAAAAGCAGAGACUAUAUGUUAUGAGGACAGAGCUGGCAUUAACCUCCCAUUCACAGCUUCCAUAUGGAUCAGGGCUAAUCUUGCCCCAGACCAAAGGGCCAAGGAGCGAGCUUGUGAAUGAGAUCUGUCUCUCCAACCACCAUGGGGUAAACAGCAAUUCAGUGAAAAACCCCAGCAUGGACUAUUACCGGCAUACCACGACCCGCCCACCCUUCACAUAUGCUGCCCUGAUUUGUUGGGCAAUCCUUGAAUCUCCCAAGAAACAACUCAGCCUAAAUGAGAUUUACCGCUGGUUCAACAAUUUUGGCUACUUCAGGCACAACACUCCUACCUGGAAGAAUGCUAUCCGACACAACCUGAGCUUGCACAAAUGCUUUGUGCGUGUGGAGAAUGUCAAGGGAGCUGUUUGGACGGUGGAUGAACUUGAGUACCAGAAGAAAAGGAACCAGCGCUGUGCUACUUAUCCACACCCAGUUCUGUUCAACCAAGGAGUAGGUGGUUCUGUUGCACCAUUGGAACCAACAGGCCAGCCAAGAACACUGCUCCCCACUUUUCUGGUUUCCCAGGAACCACUGUGAGCUGAGCUGACUCUCCCUCAUCACACACAAAGAGACCAGUGUGCACAAUCCUGUUUCCAAGCCAUGGCAGCAGAGGCAUCAAAUUUGGAGGAAGAACAUGUUGAGGCAGAGGCAGCCUAAACUAG